AUGUCACUUCCCGAUGUUCUCAACCGCGGUGAUGAAUUUUUGUCAGAAUAUCCAAGGCGCUCUCGGCUAUGGCAGAUAGGUUCGCAUGCCACCUGCUUAUUGACGGUUGGUAUCUCUAAGCUGGUACUAAAGACCUGUUAUAAUACGCAGCUCAACCACUUUGAAAAGUUGGAGUCAGCGAUCGAAAGGUCUGUGUCUGAGAAUAGAGGCUUGAUGACAGUUAUGAACCACAUGUCAGUGGUGGAUGAUCCUUUCAUAUGGGGCGUCUUUCCAUGGAGGAUGUACCGAGACUUAGACCACAUAAGGUGGUGCUUGGGGGCGCAUAACGUAUGCUUUCAAAGCAAAUUUCUAGCGACUUUUUUUUCUUUAGGUAAAGUGUUAUCUACAGAGAGAUUUGGCGCAGGUCCGUUUCAAGGCUCCAUCGACGCCUCUAUUAGAUUACUUUCUCCUGACGAUACCUUGGACCUCGAAUGGACGCCACACCACGUUGACUGCCCUGAACCGCUAAGGUCUCCGCCUCUCGUUCAAAAAAUAACAAAGGAAUACAUCCCCCCUGUUGCCAGAACAAAGCCUUCAUGGGUUCAUGUAUAUCCCGAAGGUUUCGUCUUGCAACUUCACCCCCCUUAUGCCAAUUCUAUGAGAUAUUUUAAAUGGGGUAUCACUAGGAUGGUCUUGGAAAGCACUAAGGCUCCAAUCGUGGUGCCAAUAUUCACAACGGGUUUUGAGAAAAUAGCUCCCGAGUCCGCAGCUGGAACUAAAAUCGAGCGUUAUCUCCCCCGUAACUUUGGGGCUGAAGUCAAUGUCACUGUGGGUGACCCCGUAAAUGACUCAAUAAUUGAGCGCUACCGCGAAGAGUGGAGGCGCUUGGUUGAAAAAUAUCAUGACCCUCAGAAUCCCACUGACCUUACACAGGAGCUCAAGACUGGCACCGAGGCGCAAGCUCUGCGAAGCAAACUGGCUGCUGAAUUGAGAAAGCAUGUUGCGCAGAUCCGUCAUGACCAACGUGGAUUCCCUCAGGAGGACGAGAAAUUUCAGUCUCCUAAGUGGUGGAAAUUAUACACGCAAACUGAAGGUAGCUCUGACCCUAGCGUCGAGUUCAUAGGGAAGAACUGGGCCAUAAGAAGACUUCAGAAGUUUUUGAGAGAGCAAGAGGAGAACGGUGACCUAGAAAAAAAUGGCCCCAACUCCAAGAAAUAG